AUGACAGGCGCGGGGAACCACGAGGACGAGGCAGAUGAAGGCGCGCCGAGCUCGAACCCCUUCAAGGCGUACAACGCGCGCUGGCCCAUGCCUGCUGCUGCCAGCGGGUCGUCUUCGAACCUCUUCUACUCGUUUGACAGCGGCAGCAUUCACUGGGUGGUGCUCUCCUGCUACUCGGACUAUUCCCAGGGAUCAGCGCAGUACAACUGGCUGCAGCAAACUGAGUUGCAUCCUCUCGCCACCCCGCGCGCGCUCUUCUCUCCUCCCGCGCGGGCUCCUAUCGCCUCCCCGCGCGCGCUCCUCUUGCCUCCCCGCGCGGCCUCCUCUCACCAUCCCGCGCGUGCGACUUUCGCCUCCCUCGCGUGCUCCCAACGCCUUCAUAGCGCGCGAAUCUCUUGUCUCCCCGCGCGGCCUCCUCUCACCUCGUCGCGCGUCCUCCUCUCGCCGCUCCACGCAUGCUUCUCACCAAUGUCCCCGCUCGUGCUCCACUCGCCUCCCUCGCGUGCUCCUCUCGCCCCCCCGCGCGCGCGUCUUUUGCCUCCCCGCGCAUCCUCCUCUCGCCUCACAUUGCGUGCUCCACUCGCCUCCCCGCAUUGCGCUUCUCUCUCCUCACCUUUCGGCGUUAGCGCGCUGCGCCGCGCGUGCGCCUCUCUCCACGCCUUGCGUGCUCCUAUCGCCUCCCCGUGCGUGCUCCUCUCCUCACCUUGCUUGCUUCUCUCACCUCCCCGCGCGUGCGCCUCUCUCCUCACCUUGUGUGCUCCUCUCUCCUCACCUUGCGAGCUCCUCUCGCCUCCCCGUGCGUGCGCCUCACUCCUCACCUUGCGUGCUCCUCACGCCUCCCCGCACGUGCGCCUCACUCCUCACCUGUAG